AUGGCUACCGAGUCGUUCACGCUGCGCUGGGGAAUCCUGGCCACCGGCUUUAUCGCCGAAAUGUUCACCAGGGACCUCCUCACCAACACCGCCUCUCGCGAGGUCACCGACGUGACCCAUAAGCUCGUUGCCGUCGCCUCGUCCAAGGAGGCUCAAAAGGCCAGCGACUUCAUCAAAAAGGUCGAUGGCCCGGCUGAGGCCAAGGCGUACGGUUCCUAUGCCGAGCUUGUCAAUGACCCGGACGUCGACAUCAUCUACGUCGCCACGCCGCACUCCCACCACUUCCAGAACACUAUGCUCGCCCUCCACGCCGGCAAGCACGUCCUCUGCGAGAAGGCCCUGACUGUCACCGCCGACCAGGCCCGCCGCCUUGUCGAGACGGCUCGGGAGAAGAACCUCUUUCUCAUGGAGGCCGUAUGGACUCGCCACCAGCCUUUGAGCAAGAAGGUCCGCGAGCUCGUCGCCGCCGGCGAGAUUGGCCCCGUCUCUCGUGUCUUCGCGGACAUUUCCUUCAAUAACCUCGCUGGCGAGGAUGGCAAGCUCUACCACGCCGACUCCUCCCGCAGUGUCAACCUUGACCUCGCUGGUGGCGCCCUCCUCGACCUCGGCGUCUACGCCCUCACCUGGGUCUUCCAGGUGCUCUACCACAUCCAGCCCGAGGCGGACAAGGAGAAGCCCGAGGUGGUGGCCGCGCUCAACAAGUACCACACCGGCUCGGACGACUCGACCGCCAUCAUCCUCCGCUUCCCCAAACAUAACACCCUCGCCGUGGCCACCACGUCGAUGCGGACCGCCACCGACCCCUCUGACAAGGGCCUCGUCCCCGCCGUGCGCAUCCAGGGCGCCAAGGGCGAGAUCCAAGUGGGCAACCCGGCCUUCCGCCCCGAUGACUAUCGCAUCAUCCGCAAGGACGGCGGCGGCGAAGUAGAGACGGUCAAGUACUCCCCUCCCGUCGACGAUGCCCGCGGCGGCUGGGGCCAGGGCUUCUACUGGCAGGCCGACGAGGCCGCCCGUUGCAUCCGCGACGGCAAGAUCGAGAGCUCCGUCAUGCCCCUCGACGAAUCCAUCGCCAUCAUGGAAGUCGUUGACGCCGCCCUCCAGCAGGGCGGCGUCGCCUACCCGGACCACAUCACCAGCACCGAAUACGACCCCCAGAACCCCCUCAACACGGGCAAGGCUUGA